AUAUAGCUGCCUUCCCUUCAACUCACAGGCAGACACACCGUGGGACUCUAUAGCACAGCAAUAUCUUCCCGUCAUGUUUUUGGAGUGUUUUGAUAAUACAUCUUCACUAAGUUGAGUGAAACUGAAGAGAAAGUAGUAUUUUUAAGUGGUAUUUUUUUAGCAGAUGCAAAUAUUCUGGUGGGGUUUGGAGCACAACAUCAGAGUGAAUCAGUCGUAGGACUUGACUAUGACUCCAGUGAGGUGUAUAGCCCUCACAUAACACAAGGAAGACAAAAUUCCAUGGUUUAGGAGUUCAACAUUUUUGACAUAUUGAACAUUUUUGGAAUAAUGGCCUAUUUUAAGGUUGCGUUGCUUUUUGGAUUCGUAGUGCUUCUCCUUCACGCCCCCCAGGCCCAGGCCGGCUGCUCUGAGGUGGACUCCAUGACUGAGGCGGUGGCUGGGGAGAGCUUCCUGCUGGGCUGCAUCUCCUGCAAGCAGCGGGAGGAGGUGGAGGCCAUGACCAUUGUGGAGUGGUCCUUCAAACCCGUUGGAGAGGAGGACUUUUAUCUGAUCUUCCGCUACCAGAAUCCACUGGGCAUCGUCAUGCACGACGACUUUGAGGACCGGCUGGAGUGGCACGGCACCAUGGGCACAGACGACGUGCAGAUUGGCGCCAUGAUGAUCCACAACGUCACCUUCAACGACACGGGGACCUAUCGCUGCACCUUCGAGCGCACUCUCUUCCUGCCCAUCGAGGACCACGUCACCAUCCACAAGGAGGUGGAACUGUCUGUGGUGGCUAUAGCCAACCGUGAGCUGACUGCGGUGGUCUCGGAGAUCAUGAUGUACGUGUUGAUCGUGGUGCUGCAGCUGUGGCUGAUCGCCGUGCUCAUCUACUGCUACAAGAAGAUCUGGGCAGAGAACGAGGCUCGAGAGGCCCGCAAAGCCCUGAAGGCCCAGAGCAAGGGUGGAGAAAUAAAGGACCCAUGUGAUGGGGUACAUUUGGAGUAGGCCUAGAGCUCUAUCUGGUGGGUUUCAUGGUCCAUGAGGUGGCAGUGACUGUUUAGAUGGAUGGUAAUAUACAGUGGUAGAGGUCAAAGAGGUGUCUGGCCUGCUGUCUUCAAGAAACCGUCAACACCCCUAGAGCUGCUGGAAUGUUUGGGAUACAUGACAUACAGAUGAAGACGUCAAGAACCUGUUCGCUCUGGGGUCAAAAAUACUCAUCUGUUAAACUAGAGUGCCGUAAGCUGGAAAGAGAAGACGCAGUGACCUUUUGAUCAAAUGAAAUCCUUCUACAGCUGUAUUUGGUUUUGUGGAUUUUUUUUACUGCAGAUUGCUGUAUUUACUUCAGAUGUGGACUUCUUACUUGGCAAGCCUUUUUGUGCACAAAUGAAUCUACUACCUGCCUGUAGUAUGGUAUAGCAUAUAGUAGUACGCCUAAGCUGUUGCAUAUGUGGUCUGUUAUGACCUUGUUUUCAUUUUUGGAAAGUAAGUGAUGCUGUGAGGGUACCAUAUAACUACCAUCACACAAUAGUCUUUAAUUUCAAAAUUCACAAUAUGCAAUGCAAGACACUGUAUUUCAUUUCAUUUUUUUCUUGGCUUCUCAUGUUUUAGUUUUACAUUGGUGUUUGUCAUUAAUGUUUAAUAGACAUGUUUCGCAGGCUUUAAUCCACUGAUUUUAUGUCCAUUUUGUAUUUUUAGUAUGUGUGAUGUGUGUUGUAUUCAAUAAUUUCUUAGUGGUGUAAAGAUCAUGUCUCUGGUUGAAUAAAACAACAUGAAAUA